AAAAACAAAAAAAAUAAAUCAUACAAGUAACGCCACGAAAGCACGACGACACUCUGGUCUCCUUCCUUCCAUAUCCCCUUUGUCUCUCUCUCCUCUGUUCAAAAUUUCUGCAUAACCUAUGACGAUCGAUCAUGCCGAACUCACCACUGACCAGGUUCUCAAAAGGGACAUUCCAUGGGAGACAUACAUGACGACCAAGUUGAUCACUGGGACAGCCCUUCAACUUUUAAGGCGUUAUGACAAGAAGCCUGAGAACCAGAGAGCUUCCUUGCUGGAUGAUGAUGGCCCAUCCUACGUUCGAGUAUUUGUGAGCAUUCUACGUGAUAUUUUCAAAGAAGAGACUGUGGAAUAUGUCCUUUCUUUGAUCGAUGAAAUGCUCACUGCAAACUCCAAAAGGGCCCGGCUGUUUCACGAUAAAUCACUGGCAAGCGAGGAUAUCUAUGAACCGUUUGUAAGAUUGCUAUGGAAAGGAAACUGGUUCAUACAAGAGAAGAGUUGCAAAAUACUUGCAUUAAUCGUUAGCGCACGACCCAAAAACCAGUAUAGUGGAGCUGUGAAUGGUGAGGCCUCAGAUUCAAAAAGCAAAUUGACCACCAUAGAUGAUGUCUUAAAAGGAUUAGUGGAUUGGCUUUGCACACAGCUAAGGAAUCCUUCUCAUCCCACUCGUGGUAUCCCUUCUGCUGUAAAUUGCCUUGCUACCUUGUUGAAAGAACCUUUGGUCAGAUCAUCAUUUGUUCAAGUUGAUGGGGUGAAGUUACUCAUUCCAUUGAUUAAUCCGGUAUCUAAUCAAUCUACACCAUUGGCGUCUUCGCAGUCCACUCAGCAAUCUAUGCAGCUUCUUUAUGAAACCUGUCUCUGUAUCUGGCUAUUGUCAUUCUACGAACCUGCACUUGAGUACUUGGCUACUUCCAGAUGCCUGCCACGGCUGACAGAGGUGGUGAAGAGUUCUACUAAGGAGAAGGUUGUUAGGGUUAUUGUUAUGACCUUCAAGAAUUUGCUACCAAAAGGGACCUUUGGCCCCCAGAUGGUGGACCUUGGAAUGCCUCAGAUUGUACAAAACUUGAAAGCUCAAGCCUGGAGUGAUGAGGACCUUGUGGAGACCUUAAAUCAACUAGAAGAAGGACUGAAGGACAAUGUCAAACAAAUGAGUUCAUUUGAAAAGUAUAAACAGGAAGUAUUUCUUGGCCAUCUUGACUGGUCCCCAGUUCACAAAGACGCUUUCUUCUGGCGAGAGAAUAUCACCAACUUUGAGGAAAAUGAUUUCCAGGUCUUGAGAGUCCUCAUCACUAUUUUGGACUCCUCAAGCGACCCGAGAUCCCUUUCCGUGGCUUGCUUUGAUCUCUCACAGUUCAUUCAACAUCAUCCAUCUGGGAGAGUUAUAGUUAAAGAUCUCAAAGCUAAGGAACGCGUGAUGAAACUGAUGAAUCAUGAAAACGCCGAGGUUACCAAGAACGCUCUACUCUGCAUCCAAAGGCUCUUCUUGGGAGCCAAGUACGCGAGCUUUUUGCAAGUUUGAAACGUAUUUAUUGGAGAAAUGAUGCAGAUAUCAGCGGAUUUCACUAUCUCGUAGAUGUUCAUGAUAUGUUUCAAUGAUUGAUUUGUUGUUCAAUAUCCCCUAAUAAACAGUAUGCAUGUCAAAGCUUGUUGAGGCUCGCGAUAUGGCAUAGACAAAUGAAUGAGGCUACCUAUAGACGGGUGUAAAUUUUUUCUUUUUUACCUUUGUGACGAGGUUUUGCUCAUGUAUUUUCACCAUUUGGUAGGCUGAUGGAUGUAUUGUUUCAUAAUUCCCAUACACAGCCUGGAAAACAAAAUAAACCCUAGUUAUUUAUUUAUUUUCUUGUAUCUGCACAUUAUAUUUAUAUUUUUUUGAGUAGAUGAAUGCCGUACCUUGGUACAA